AUUGGAUUGGUUAUUGAAAGUUCUAGAAAUUGACGCAGAAAUCUGAUUGGUAGAUUUAAAACUCAACGAUAUGUAGUGUUUCAAGUUUCAGUCUUAGUCUAUUUUGCGGUGGAAAAUUAUUUUGUGAGAUUUCGCAUAAGAUGAUAAAAGUGACGAUAUAACAUUAAAAACAUAUUUUAUAAGUAUAUAUUUAUAAAUAUAGUGUUAUAUUUAAUAAGUAUAGUGAUAAUAUAAUAUGAUAAGUGUGAAUAAGUAACGUGAUAAAUCAGGGUGAUUCAGCAGAUUUGAAGGUUAAGGAUGGUGGCAAAAAAUAUGAAUUCGAGAUAGGAAAAAUAUUCGUAAAGGUACGAAGUUGGAAGGGAAAGUGGAUUGUAAAUCGAAAAAGUCGAAAGCAAAUGGUGAGAGAGGGAAACGGGCCAAGGCUGUAUAUUACCGAAAUCGAGUAAUUUCCGGCCUCCAUUCCCGAUCAAGAACAUUGUCCCAAUGCUGAUUUCACGACGAAUUUAUCUCCAGCGGUUUAAAUCACGCGAUUUGAAGUAACGACGAUUCUACUUCGACAGCGGAUGUCGAACUUUUACCAUGGCUUCGGACGAUUCUUGUAGAAGCACGAAAGAACGCCUCCGCGCGGUGAGACGCGGCGGAAAUACGAGGUUGCUAUCGAUCAAGUGAAGAUUUUUCACGAAAAAUUUCCAUCGACGUGGCCUGGCGGAUGCGCCAUGUCGUCCUACGAGGGUCACGUUUACGAGCGGAAUCUUACUUGAAGACGCAGAGAGACGAGGGGAACAGGUUUGGGAACAGCUUUUUAAAUUACAAUGUCAACGCCCGCAACGGACCCGCUUCCGUCCACCGUUUCCGGGGAAUUGACGACCGCUCUUAUACCGACGGUUACCAAGAUCGAUACGCGGCUGGACGUCAGUCCCAUCUCGGUGGUUUUGGCAGUGUCGAUAGUCUGCAUUUUAUCACCGAUCACCGUCACCGGAAACUCCAUUAUCCUGGCCGCCUUCUAUAGGUACAAGAGACUGAGGACUGCGUCCAAUUACCUGCUAGUCUCUUUGGCCGUCAGCGACUUCGGGGUCGGUGUAUUCAUGCCCUUUGGGAUGCAGCUCGAGUUGUCCGGUCUGCCGGAAAAUGGCGUUUCCACGUUGUGCAUCGUGCCAUAUUGCAUCGUGAUUGCGCUAUGCAGCGUAAGCGUGCUGGUAACUGUGGCGAUUGCCGUCGACCGAUUAACGUCGCUUGCACAACCUCUCAGGUACAAGAACAUCAUCACUCACAGCAGCAUCGAGAAGUACAUCGCCGUGUUUUGGAUCUACGCGAUCGCUGUCGGCCUCUCGCCUUUGAUCUACGUGAAAAUAGUGGGCGUUCAAUUGCACGGUGGCAACUGCAGAUUCGGCGCAGCGGUUCUCCCACCAGUAAGGGUGUUCCUGGUGGUGGCAGUGUGGGCACCCAGUGCUCUCGUUCUUCUCGGUUGCUACAUGUACGUGUAUCUGGUGGCACGUGCACACGCACGUGCGAUUUAUACGGUAGAAUUGUCAUUCAGGCAUCAAACGCAGACCUUGGCAUUGCCGCGUUACGGCCAAACAUUGGCAGUCACGGUCGGCGCGUUUCUCAUUCUCUGGCUUCCCUUUCAAACUUGUAUGCUGCUAGAUAUUUUUUGCGGUACCAAGAUCCUCACCGAAUGGGCGGUCGUAUGGCUUGGUUUGCCUAUAAUGGCGCAUAGUGGCGUGAACCCAUGGAUUUAUGCUUUCCAUCAUGGUGAGAUGAGAGUUGCUGCAGGUAAAAUUACCGAAGAAUUGGUUGCUCUGUUUGGAGUGACGCCCAGCCGUUACGGUUGCUCCCCAAUGAGACGUGGUUCCAAUACGAAUAUGGAAUUAGCAGAGGUGAACAAUAGUAACGAAGGCAGAAGGCAUCCUGUCGAAGAUUGUUUUGCAGUGAAGCAAAACAGCACUCUGUAUACCAGCAGACGAUGUCUAGAUGUGUCUGGGAAACACACGGACAUCUCACCGGAAAGAAAUAUUGAUCACACUUCUUCGGAGAAUAGACAAGAAGAUAUCAUCGAGGAAAAUAUCCAUGAUCUCACGAUGAUGCUCGAUCUAAAGUAUAUCAUCGAUCGUAAUCACAUGAUCGACUCGAAUCACAACAUCGACAAGAUUAAAAACCUCAAAUAUUUGUUAGAUCCAACGUUCAACAAGAUCAGACAUCUGAGAAGAUUGAAUCACAAGAAGCUCGCUAGUAAAAACUUCUCGAAAGCAUCGGAACCAAAAUUCAUCUCGUAUCAAAAUUUAAAGAGCGAUGGCACGUUAAAUCCUAAAGUAUUGCAAAUGAAUACCAUGUCGGAUCCUAUGCUCAGUGCUGACAGUCCGACUAUACAUGUAAAAGAUUUCAACGUCGGCCUCAGUCCUAUUAACAACAAAAGAAGAAACUCGAAUCUCUGUUCUGUAUCGGAUCCAAAUAUUAAAGCAGCAAUAGGAAUCUCUUCCGAGGUGAAUCUUCGACUUCCAACCGAUGAAAACGUGAAUGAGGCUCAUAGAUAUUCUGUACAAAAUUUAGAUCAUAAUAGAUACGAUGGAGGAUUAGCUAAGCAUAUUAUGCUGUCUCGCCAAUUGGAGAAUCAAAAACGGUUCCAAAUCUAUCCGCGUCCACGGAUGAAGAUCAAUAAUUACGAUCGAAACAGUCCAAAUUUAAAUUUAAGGCUGCAAAACAGUUGUACAUCGCUAUCCAUACCGGAUAGUACCAGGUCGAGUUCAUUAGACAGUCCAAGACAAAGAAUGUCGCCAAAACAUAUGACAAUUACUUCCAAUAAACUAGCCAAUCUUGUUCAUCAAGAUCAUAUGACUUCGAGAAACUUGGAAUCCAGAACAGAUUCAAUUUCCAGAGUAUUACAAAUCCAAAGAAAUAUGGAAAUACUGAAACAUUCCGAAUCGAUCAAUACGAUAGAACCAAUGACACACGUCCGAUUGUUAGAACCUUAUAAAAUUAUGGAAACUCUUGCAGUACCUACGGUACAUUCGGAACCACCAAGUCCCAUAGAUCCACUUCCUCUUGCCUCUCUGCAAGAAGAGGACGUGAAAAAUACCGAAUCGAAGCCUUCCAUUAAUAUCGAUUAUUUGAAAUCUCCAAUGGGUAAUAGAAGAAGUCCAGUUAGACAUUCAGAUCCUGUGAUACCAUCCGUCUUGUUGAAUAUCGAAGAUUAUAGUGAAAAUCACAAAUCGAACAAAUCUAGUCACGAUAGUUCCUUCAAUAAUCUGGCAUCGUCAGAUCAAAUGGCAUCGAUAGAACCUAUAGAUCUGUUCGAGGCUUUGUUGAAAAAUUCGGAAAAGUGUCGAGAAGGAAGAUUACCAGAGCCAAUCUUCGCUGAACACGAUUCCACGAGAUUUAGUUCGAGAAGACCUUCGGAUUCGAAAUGGUCAGAAUCAUCGAGAAGUCAAGAAAUUCUAUCCAACGUAAUUACUGAACAUCAGACAUUUCCUUCAUCCUAUUCGGUGAACAAUUUUCAGGUUUGCAACAGCGGCAGUGACCUAAAUGAUCUGACAUCCCUGGAUCCAUUCAUGUGUCCAGAUGCACUAACAUCAUCGUUACGCGAAUCCUUUUUCAGCGCCCCAUCUGUACCUGAUUCAGAGAUUUUCACAUCGUUCGAAGAUGAAUCCAAUUUCACAUCAGACUCUGAAACACACAAUUUAUCCCCAUAUGAUUCCAAAUCAACGAUCAAUUUGAAAAAAUCAACGAUCGAGGCCGAUUUACAAAGCAAGUCUACAGAGUCUAUGUUUCGAAAUAGAUGCCUCUCGAUGAAAUCGUGCACGAUCUUACGAUUAGAACCCUCGUUACAUCGAAAUAGAUUACGUAUCAAACCUGGAGCGGAUUACAUUCUGAAAGAUAUGUCUAUUAAGAAUUCGCAUUUAGCUCCGCUUGCCACACCAACACCCACUGAAAUUUGUUCUCCUACAUUCGAACUUGUUUCAGAAAUAAAAAGUGACAAUGGUGUCGGCGUAAGAGUAUAGAUUUAUCGUAAAAGGGUAUAGAUUUAUCUUUUGAAUCAGUUGAUGAACAAAAUGAUUGUUCGUUUAUUUAGACUUUAGAUGGACAUUGUGAAAUAAAAUUAAA